AUGCUGGAUAAAGUAACAACACUCAUCAUGAUGCAAUCUAUUUUAACGCCUUCAAUAUCAGACUUGGAAAGUGAUCCCUAUCUACGAAAAGCACUUGUUCAAUUACCUCAAGACAAGUGGUCCUUAUCUAAACAAGAUAUUAAUACUAGUAAAUUAGCCUUGGAAAGUGUUGGAAUUGUAGAUUGUUUUGAGGGUGUUAUAAGAUAUAACAAGAUGAGUAAUAAUGUAGUAAUAUCUCCAAAGAAAUUUAUGGAUAUUUUGAAGGUUACUGGAGAAGCUCUUCCUUAUAAAGUGUUAUUAAUUGAUAAUGAUGUUAAUAACAUUAAAAGUGCUAAGGAAGUUGGCAUUUUAACUUGCCAUGUUGUUCAAGGCUCUAGUGGAGUCCCUAUUCAGAACACGGUAGAUUUUCAAAUAGACACCAUAUAUCAUGUACAGACCGAGCUUAGAGAUUUAAAGA